AUGAAGGGAGAGAAGAAGGAACACAGAAAAGGGCUGUGGACAGCAGAGGAGGACAGGCUUCUGGCGGACUACGUGAGGGUGCAUGGCAAGGGGAAGUGGAAUCGCAUUCCCCAGAUGACAGGCCUGAAAAGAUGUGGCAAGAGCUGCAGGUUGAGGUGGAUGAAUUACCUGAGCCCGAGCGUGAAGCGAGGUGAUUUCUCGGAGGAAGAAGACGACCUCAUCAUCAGACUCCACAAUCUUCUUGGAAACAGAUGGUCGCUUAUUGCGGGGCGAGUUCCUGGGAGAACCGAUAAUCAAGUGAAGAACCAUUGGAACACUCAUUUGAGCAAGAGGCUCGGGUUCAAAAAAGGCAAGGGCAGGGCUGAUGAUCAUCGUCCGAGAACCCACCUCAAAAAGGAGAAGGAGAAUCAUGCCAUGGUGCUGGGCUCGAGCUUGGAGCCACCCUCCAGCGACCACUUAGAAGAAACUGCUCGGAAAAUCACAGGGGAUGACAAGUCGUCUCGGGGAGCACUGGUCGAAUGUGAUUCCUCACAGCAAUUGGCUACUCCGAGCAAUGAGUUCCAGAACCCCUUUUGGUUCUUUAACAGUGAUUUGAAUCUUUAUAGUCCCGAUUUCACAGACAGAUUGGGCGAGUACGCUCUAGAUCUUGUAUCGGAUGGCUUGUAA